AUGACCAAAUUAGUACACAACAUUCAAAAGAAACAACACAGAGAAAGAUCUCAAAUCUCUUCGAGAUCUAAAUAUGGUCUAUUAGAGAAAAAACAAGAUUAUAAACUUCGAUCAAAGGAUUAUCAUAAAAAACAAGCAGCUUUAAAAGCAUUAAAAGAAAAAGUCAAAUCUCAUAAUCCGGAUGAAUAUUAUCAUGGAAUGACAAGAAGGAGGACAGAUGAUAAAGGUAUUCUUAUUUCGGAUAGAGGUAAUGAGGUACUUUCAGUUGAUCAAGUUAAACUUUUAAAAACUCAAGAUAUUAACUAUAUACGAACAAUGAGAAUGAAUGAAUUAAAAAAGAUUGAAAAAUUGCAGAAGGAUAAGCUAUUUGAAAGUAGUGGUAAACAUACCAUAUUUGUAGAUGAUACUACAUCUCAGGAUAAUUUCAAUGCUGUUGAGUAUUUCAAUACUGAUGAUUCAUUAAUUAAUAAUCGAGAGAAUAGAAUUAAAUUAGAUCAGUUGUAUAAUAAUAAGGGAAUAAUUAAUGAUAUAGACGUAGAAGAGAAGGAGAAAUUAGAUUUACAGAAACUUAAAGAUUAUAAAUUAUUACAAAAAAGGAUUAAAAAAGAACAAGAAUUAAAACAAGUUGAAUCUAUAAUGAAUGAAAAUCUUGAAAAGAUGAAGAAUGGGAAUAAGAAAAAGGUUUUGAAUUCUAAUGGUAAAGUACAUUUUAAAUGGAAAAAUCAAAGAAAGAGAUAA